AUGCAGUACACGCUCGGCAACCGUACCCGGCUGUCGUCGAUCGGCGCGAUGGUCGGCGGGUACUCUUCCGGCCGGGCAGAGGCGCUGAAUUUGAUCAGCACGCUGCGCAACAUUCCACACCUCGAUCCAGCCGCGCUCAGUCCGCGGCUCUCCGACGUGAAAGUCAGCCCGAGGUUCCUGCGCGUCAUCCCGUCGGGGACACUGCACGGUAGAAUGAUCGCGCAGCUGCUGUCUCAGGUGCGUGCCCUUGUCUGUUGCGUUCGUCAGACACACGCAGAUGCGGCGACGUCGUCUUCGGCCACGCCAACGAUUGCCGCUCGGCACGUGGCUGUACGCAGUGGGAUAUCAGGCAGGUGGGCUUGA